AUGAUGCUCGUUCGCUGCCCGUCCUCUAGCCGAGCACGUCGGUGCUUUCAUGCUCUAAAGUUGAUAAAGAGAGACUGCCUUCCAUUGCUGCAUAUUGCAAGAUGUGCCUCUACUGCUUCUGUGCCUCGCAUAACUACGCAUUAUACAAUUCAUCCUCGAGACAAAGACAAACGAUGGGAAGGGGUAAACAUGGAAAGAUUUGCAGAGGAAGCCGAUGUUGUCAUUGUUGGAGGAGGCCCUGCGGGUCUUUCUGCAGCUAUUCGACUCAAACAACUAGCUGCUGAGCACAGCAAAGAAAUACGUGUUUGUCUGGUGGAAAAAGCUUCUCAGAUUGGUGCUCAUACGCUGUCUGGUGCUUGUCUUGAGCCAAGGUCCUUACAGGAACUCUUUCCAGACUGGAAGGAGCGGGGGGCUCCACUUCAUACUCCUGUAACUGAAGACAUAUUUGGAAUUUUAACAGAGAAAUCUAGAAUUCCAGUGCCAAUUAUUCCAGGACUUCCGAUGGUUAAUCAUGGAAAUUACAUAGUACGUCUGGGCCACUUUGUGAGUUGGCUAGGUGAACAAGCAGAAGCUUUGGGUGUGGAGUUGUAUCCAGGCUAUGCAGCAGCUGAGGUUCUUUUUCAUGAAGAUGGUAGCGUGAAAGGAAUAGCAACUAAUGAUGUAGGCAUUCAAAAGGAUGGAGCACCUAAAGCUACCUUUGAAAGAGGCUUGGAACUCCAUGCUAAAGUUACAGUCUUUGCUGAAGGUUGUCAUGGACAUCUAGCCAAACAGAUGUACAAAAAAUACAAUCUAAGGGAGAAAUGUCAACCCCAGAGCUAUGGCAUUGGACUGAAAGAGUUAUGGACUAUUGAUGAAAAGAAAUGGAAACCAGGACGAGUGGAACAUACUGUAGGCUGGCCUUUAGACAGACACACAUAUGGAGGAUCCUUUCUUUAUCACUUAAAUGAGGGUGAACCUUUAGUUGCUCUUGGAUUUGUGGUUGGUUUAGAUUAUCAAAAUCCCUAUUUGAAUCCAUUUAGGGAGUUUCAGAGAUGGAAGCACCAUCCUAGUGUACAACCUACUUUGGAGGGUGGAACAAGGAUUGCCUAUGGUGCCAGAGCAUUAAAUGAAGGUGGUUUUCAGUCAAUACCUAAACUCACCUUCCCAGGUGGAUUAUUAAUUGGUUGCAGUCCUGGACUUAUGAACGUUCCCAAGAUCAAAGGAACACAUACCGCAAUGAAAAGCGGCAUGUUGGCUUCAGAGGCCAUCUUUAAACAAUUAAUUAAUGAAAAUCUCCAAUCAAAGACAAUAGGACUUGAUGUGCAAGAGUAUGAAGAGAACCUGAAAAAUUCUUGGGUCUGGAAAGAGCUGUACGCGGUUAGAAACAUCCGACCAUCCUGCCAUAGCAUACUGGGUGUGUAUGGAGGAAUGAUUUACACAGGCAUAUUUUAUUGGCUACUGAGAGGAAUGGAACCAUGGACAUUAAAACAUCCAGGACCAGAUUUUGCUCAGCUCAAGCCAGCCAAAGACUGCACGCCUAUCGAAUACCCAAAGCCUGAUGGAAAAAUAAGUUUUGAUCUCCUGUCAUCUGUGGCGUUAAGUGGUACAAACCAUGAACAUGACCAGCCUGCUCAUUUAACUCUCAAAGAUGACAGCAUCCCUGUGAGCAGGAAUCUGGCUGUGUUUGAUGGACCAGAACAAAGAUUUUGUCCAGCAGGAGUUUAUGAAUAUAUUCCUCUGGAAACAGGAGAAGGAUCAAGACUGCAGAUAAAUGCGCAGAACUGUGUCCACUGCAAAACAUGUGAUAUUAAAGACCCAAGUCAGAACAUUAACUGGGUAGUGCCUGAAGGUGGAGGAGGACCAGCUUAUAAUGGGAUGUAAACUUA